AUGGGGGGCUAUAACCUGGACCUCCCCCUUCAUGUCACCUGGGAAGCACAGGCAACAGGCACGAGCAAAAUGCCACUAAAACUCAUCUGCUUCAUCCUCUGCAUUCUGAUUGCACCUGAUCUCACAGGACUUUUAGGUGAAGAUGCGCCGCUGCCAGCGCCUCAGAACAUCUCUAUUCUUUCUACCAACAUGAAACAUUUCUUGAUGUGGAGCCCUGUGACCUUCCAGGGAGAAACUGUGAGAUACUCUGUUGAGUUUCAGGGGGAAUAUGAACGAGAGUACGCUAACGAGAGCUGGAUCCCCAUCUGUGAGUGUUCCCUCAUCACAGUCACUGUAUGUAAUAUCACAGAGGAUAUCUCAGCCACCGUGGCCUAUAACCUGCGAGUAAGGGCAGAUAAUGGUGCUCAAAGAUCAGAGUGGGGCACCCUGAAAGGUUUCUUCAUUCGAAAUACAACUCUUCUGACACCACCUCUGAUGAAGGCCAUAGCAGAUGGGUAUCAUCUACUCGUGGAGCUAGAAGACAUGGGACCUGCCUUUCAGUUCUGUGUUCUCUACUGGGAGAAGGGCCAGGAGAGCAGGAUGCAACAGAAGAUGGUGAAGGAGAUCAGCUCCACCAUUCAUCUGGCCACCAUGGAGGCAGCAACUGAAUACUGCGUAAAAGCCCAGACAUACGUUGAGACAAUCAACAGGAGCAGCAGCUUCAGCCAACCACAGUGCGUGAGGGCACAAGGCAGCAGAUCCACGUGGCCCAUCAGUGUCCUUAUGUCCUUUGCUGGCUUUGCUGUGGCUGCCUUGACCCUGUCUUUCCUUGUCUGGAAAACAAGGAAAAUCUUCCAGGAUUUCUGCUGCCCCAUUGCUGUCCUGCCAGACACACUGAAAGUGCCAGAGCCCCCCAGCCAACUGAUACUUUGCAGGAGGGAAGAAGCUGAGCAAUGUGAUCUGAUGGUGCAGGUGAUCCCCUCAGAAGAGGUUCUUUGCCUGUGGAUUCAGGAAACACUUUAAGCAUCCUACUAAAAAAAAAUAAAUAAAAACCAAAAAACUUCUGCAGACCAAACAGAAUGUGCUUCAGUGUCUUCCGAGUGCCAACAAGUAACUCUGUUCUUUAUGCCAAAUCUGCUGCAAGGAAGUCUCUGUAUGAACACAUGGCUGGCUCUCAUCUCUUCCUAACUUCAUUCAUCCACUGAAAAGCUGGAAAGGACCCCAGGUGACAACUGCCAGUUUCUGUACUUCUCCUUCAUAUCCAUACCCAUGAGCAGACAUGGGUUAACUCGUGUUUCCUUCACAGUCACAUUGAUGGUCCCAAGGCAAAGCCCACACUUAAGCCACCAGCAUUUCACCAGCACAAUGUAUGUAGAGCUCAGACGCUGAGUCCCAAACCACUUCACUGUCAGUAAUUUUGCCUCAGAUUUAUUUUUUUUAAAUAAAAGAAAUGAAUCUGCCAGUAAGAGUUCCUUGCAUGGUUAACACAGCUGAAAUGAACAGAGGUAAAAUGCUGUCAGAGCUGCAGGCCCCGGACAUGAAAUAAAAAUUUGUUCCAUGUGACAGAUAGCAAUGCAUGAUGCCAUAGAGGAAAAAGGUUGUUAAGGAUGAGAUGUUUA